AUGGCGUCCCAUCCUACCGCCCAGCAACAGCAACAGCAGGCUCACCUGCCCUCCAUCAGCAGCCUCACCAAUGGCUUGCCGCCGUCCGCUCCCAUCUCGCCCGACCAGCAAUCCGCCACUGACUCAACGCGAGACUCUGGCACCUGGCCGCAGCCGCACAACAGCAAGCACAACUCAGCCAACAGCGGGCUGCAAGUGCACACGUUGUUGAACCCUGACGAUUCGCCUUCUAGACACUCAGUACCAAGCACACCGCAGUCUGCCCGAGUCCCCAACUCUGCUCAAUCUGCUGGUAGCGCUCUGCCGUCCAUCAACCAAGGCUUCCAGGACGGAUCUAACCGGGACAGCUACAACAGCCUGGGACGCGAACUCAACCGCGACAGCAGCUACAGCGCAAGUAGCUACAACCGCGACAGCCUAGGACGCGAACUCAACCGAGACAGUAGAGACCUAGCUCCACAACUCGACUCGCGGCGGAGCAGCGUUGACAGUCGCAUGCACCAGGGCUUGAACAACCUCUACAUCAAUGGGCCAGCAUCGCCAUACGAAAGCGCAAACACAUCGCAGGUGUCAUUAGCUGCCAGUCUUCGUCGACCCAAUGGCCAAACUCCACUAUCACCGCUCAGCUCGCGAGCGGGUCCUCGACAGAACCAAGCACCUCGAAUCGCCCCUCCCAUCAUGCCAGUUGGACGAGGCCCUGGCGUUCCUGACCCUACUGCUGCAAAGCCAACCCAAGGUUUCGCAUGGGCUUUCCCAGACAGCGCGAUUCCAGAGGAGGAACGGCGAGGAUCAGAUAGCGGAGAGUCAAGUCUUGACCAAGGCAUCUCGAGACAGAACAGCUUUGCUGCAUCCUCGGUGCGCAGCAGCAUCUUCUCAACUGAUUCUCAGAUGCCCACCGGGCAGAGGAGGUUCGACGAAGACUCAGCCACUACCCACCAUCACACGAUGCAGCAUCGAACCAUUCAGAGCCUCCAGAAUGAAGGCCUCCCCGCGCAAGGGGUAGGCAAUUACAGCCGAACUCCAGAACUUCGCGUCAGCCACAAAUUAGCCGAGAGGAAGCGAAGGAGCGAGAUGAAGGAUCUGUUUGAAGAGCUCAACAAGGCAGUACCCUCGAAUGGUGGUACAAAGGCUAGCAAGUGGGAGAUACUCACGAAGGCCAUCGAAUAUAUCCGCAGCACCCAGCUUAACGAACGCAACCUUCACUCGGAAGUUCAACGCCUGCAAAGAGAUUCGGAUUACGGCCGCGAAGCGCACAAGGAGAAUGAAAUGCUCAAGACGGAGGUUCAGGUUAUGCACCAACAUCUGCGACGACUUGAUCCGCAGGCGCCCCAUGUCUAUGGCCACUUCACGUCCCAGCUCAGUCAACAACAAUCGCAAUCGCAGACGAACGGGGCGUCUGGCAUUUCACUGCCCCCACUCAACCCAGGACAGAGCAAUGGACAAGGACCAGCGCCUUUUGGCCAAGUUCCCGCAGCCGGAGCUAUGACGGGUGUUGAGUACGGCUACGGAAGAUAG